UCUUGGACGCCAUUUUGUUUUAAUGAUUUGUGGAGGAUGCGCUCUGCAAAGUUGUUUUCGAACCAAGUUUGAUUAGGGCAACCAACGCUGUGAAUCUUUGCUCUCUGCAUACAGGAAGACAACACAGCAUCUCUACGCUCUGCUGAAAUCGAGGGUCUAGCUCGAAUCGCAUACAUUUUUUAUAUUUUUGGCGAGAAAAUAAUGUCUUAUUCCAACAUGUUUCGGGAACUUGGCUUGGCGCGGAAGAUCGGAAUUAUUGCCCUCGGUGGAGCUACUUUAGCGGCGACUUCUUACGGCCUUUACGCUCUGUACAAAGAAGCAACAAAGCGACAAGAAGCUGACGAAGAAUGGGAGGGGAGUGCUGGAAAUUCAGUACCAGAAAAAAGAAUUCUCGUGUUGGGUUUAGAUGGGUCCGGGAAAAGCGUGUUCCUGUCAGCCUUAUCUCAAGGCGACUCAAGUAAACGUCCAUCCACGACCAAGACCGAGGGAUUCAACGUGGUUUGCUUGACUACGGAUGGGCUCAAUUUGAAUAUAUGGGAAAUUGGAGGAGAUGAGAAGUACAGGGCAUACUGGCCAAAUUUCAUUGCCGACACACAAUUACUGGUUUACGUUGUAGACUCAAGUGAUCCAGACAGGUUUAAUGAGUCUCGUGACAACCUCAAGUCUCUUUUGUCAAACUCGUUACUAAAUGGAGUUCCAGUCCUGUUAGUGGCUAGCAAACAAGACCUACCUGGUGCACGCCAGCUGUCAGAAAUAGUGUCUGUCCUUGGAAUCAAUGAAGACUGGGUGUCCGAUGACCAUAAAAGUGGGUGUGUUGCCAUUCAAGUCAAUGAUGAUGGACAGACGGUUGGAUUUGAUGUUGCUCGUCAGUCUAUGUUAAGGCUUUGUAAAUGACACUCCGUAUCUAUGACAAGUUAGCUAGGACAAAAUGUCAGUAAACAGCUUUUUGCACAAAAAGUAGCACGCUAGUGGUUUCCUAAACUGUGUAUUGUAGAGUAGCAUUUGUAACAUGGUGCAAUUAUUUAGUUCAAAGACUAUAAGUAUAGGUUAUUCUUUAGACUUGGCAAAUUCAUUGAAAGGUAUGACAUCUUCAAAGGCUGUACAACUUGUGAGCUGUCAAUAUUCACUUGAGGGAUUAUGUUAGUUUAUCAUAACAUAUUGAUUGACUGUACAUAAUUUGCUUGUAGUUAGUAUUUAACCAACUUUAAAAACUGUAGCUAAACUGUAUUUUCUGUAUUGAGGAAACCAUUUUUUGUUGAGCAAGUUAAGUAAAUAAAAAUAUGUUGGGAAAGCCCUUCA